CAGAAUGCCCGCUUGGAGUUAAGCCUCUGACGCCUCCGCCCGUCGCCAGUAGCGAAAACGCGGCAGGAAGCUCUCCUCUUUCCCCGCAGAUCUCUCCGUUUUGUUCUUCUACGCUUCAGCACGCCCUCCGACGGUCGGCUUUACUUCUGUCUUCUUUGCCACGCCAGGCUCCUCCCUGGGCACCUCUCUGUGGGCAUGGAGGACUCCGCGAGCCGAGUGGGAAGCGUUCUCACGGGGUCCUCAGUCUCGUAGUCAAGAUUCCUAAGAGAGGAGCAAAGAGGGGGCUCACUCUUCCUGGCAUCCGCCACCUUCUCCGCUGCCCGCUUCUCAGCCUGGAGGAGCUGCUGGAUACCCUGGGACUGACUGGCCAUUUUUGUCACUAGAGAGGAUGCUGUUCCGAAGGCGACCAAGCCCCAGAGUUCCAUGGCCUCCGCUUCCCGCCGGCACCGCCGAGAGCGACGCUUCCGGCGGUACUUGUCUGCAGGACGGCUGGUGCGAGCCCAGGCUCUCCUCCAGCGACAUCCCGGCCUCGAUGUGGACGCUGGGCAGCCCCCGCCUCUCCACAGGGCCUGUGCCCGCCACGAUGCCCCUGCCCUGUGCCUGCUGCUGCGUCUCGGCGCUGACCCUGCCCACCAGGACCGCCAUGGCGACACGGCGCUGCACGCUGCUGCUCGCCAGGGCCCUGAUGCUUACACGGACUUCUUCCUGCCGCUGCUGAGUCGCUGCCCGUCUGCCAUGGGGAUAAAGAAUAAGGAUGGGGAGACGCCUGGGCAGAUUCUGGGCUGGGGACCUCCCUGGGAUUCUGCUGAAGAGGAAGAGGAUGAGGAGGUCUCCAAGGAGCGGGAAUGGCAGCAGAAGCUACAAGGCGAGCUGGAGGAUGAGUGGCAGGAGGUCAUCGGGAGGUUUGACGAUGAUGCCUCCCAGGACGCACAGGAGCCCGAGUCCUUCUCAGCCUGGUCAGAGCGCCUGGCCCGGGAGCAUGCCCAGAAGCAGCGGCAGCUGGAGGCAGAGGGAUCCCGCCGACCCCCAAGGGCUGAGGGCUCCAGUCACAGCUGGCGGCAGCAAGAGGAGGAACAGCGGCUUUUCCGAGAGCGAGCUCAGGCCAAGGAGAGGGAACUGUGUGAGAGCCGAGCCAGGAGGGCUCAAGAGGCACAACGGGACAAAGGGCCAGAGCCUCCCAGGGCUGGGCCCAGGGCAGAGCACCCACGAGGGGCAGGGAGGGGUAGCCUCUGGCGCUUUGGUGAUGUGCCCUGGCCCUGCCCUGGUGGAGGGGAUCCAGAGGCCAUGGCUGCAGCGUUGGUAGCCAGGGGCCCCCCUCUGGAGGAACAGGGGGCCCUGAAGAGGUAUUUGAGAGUCCAGCAGGUCCGAUGGCACCCUGACCGCUUCCUGCAGCGAUUCCGAAGCCAGAUUGAGACCUGGGAGCUGGGCCGUGUAAUGGGAGCUGUGACAGCCCUUUCUCAGGCCCUGAACCGCCACGCAGAAGCCCUCAAGUGACUCUAGGGACUGAGCAAGAACCUGUGGGGAUGUAGCCUCAAGGAUAGCCGAAAGGAAGCAAGGUCAUGGAUGGGCAUGGAGAAGAGGCAGCUACGGCCCAGAGAGGAUAUGGGUCGGGUCGGCUAACGUAAUGAGUGCGGGGGUGGGGGCGGGGAGGCUCUACCACUGCUCUGGACUGCCAUUUCCUAAUAAGACUUGGUUCCACACCU